GCUCAAUUAACUGUUGAGAACUGUUUGAUGAAUAUAAAAACCGACAAAUAUUUCUUUCAUUUGAAACAGUAAAUUUUGAAUAAGAUUUGAUUUAUCAUUCAAUUAGAAUAAUUAAUUAAUUCACUAGAUUUUCCAUUCACUAAUACAAUGAAGUACAAUAUUUUAACUGCCACUUCUUUAUUCAUCUCAUUAGGUUACUCGAUUUCUGCUAAAGAAUUCAUUGACUUCUUCAACAAAAGAGAAGUAGAUGGUUGUGCCAAUGAAUGUUCUCAAGCUGCUAAUUAUCUUCAAAAUGGCUGUAAUCAAUAUGCAAGUGGUUCAGAUACUUCUGCAUACCUUAGUUGUAUGUGUAACAUAAAUGACAAUGGUUUCUGGAAUAAUUUAGCUAGUUGUCAAAAUUGCAGAACUGGUGGAAAUGUUGGAGGAGCAGAAUUACAUUCUAAUCAAUGUCAAGCUGAAUCGGCUUAUUCCAAAUACAAUACAUACACAACUACUACUGCUCAAGCUCAAGCUCAAACUGAAGCUCAAACAACCACUGAAGCUCAAACUGAGGCUCAAACAACCACUGAAGCUCAAACUGAGGCUCAAACAACCACUGAAGCUCAAAGUCAAGCACAAACUGUUGUUAAUGUUGUUUCUUCUGAAGCAACAACGGAAGCUCAAACAGAGGCCAAAGAGACUACAAGUGAACAAGUUGCAGAUGCUCAAACAAGUGAAACCACGCAAGCAACCUCUUCUACAAAUGACACUACCACUUCUAGUUCGUCUUACAGUUCUGAAAGCUCUGCAAACUCUUCAAGUUCUGCAGUCUCUAGUUCAAAGACCACUAACUCUUCAACUACUAAAUCUGCAACUACAGCUACUAGUACCUCGAAAUCUGCUAAUAUUGCAAACGUCGCAUCUGUCGGAGGUCUGAUUUAUUUGAUUUUAUUAUGGCUUGUCUAA